UUGGAUAUUUUAAAAUCUCCAAAAGGCAAAUCUAUAAUAUUUUUCGUAUGAAAAAAGCACAGUAGUUUGCUAUGUGAUACAACAGCCACGGUGGCUCAAUUAACUGCGCGACUUACAGUUUCCCUUUGCUGUCGCUGUUUGCUUUGAACAUUACGAGUGUCGAAUGAUUCAUAGAUUCGUGUGAUCGUAUCUUUUUAAGUUCAUUUUUUGUCACGAGGUGACAAAAUACGCGUCGGGAGUGUUAUGUAAAAUAUCACAAUUAUAAUUUCGCGAAUCGUGUAUUGUGCUAGAAAGGAGCAGCCAUCGAUGGACAACUGAGAGGAGGAGGAGGCCCAGGGGGCAUCAGGCAUCGACGGAGCAACGUUACAGAUCACCAUUUGUGCUACAACUCCGCCGUGUCGCAUCGUGUAUCGAUUAGCAAGUACACAUUGCUUGCACUACUCGAAGAUGCUGCGCGCGGUAAUAAUUCUGUUUGCUGCUUUUGUUGCAGUGGAAAGCUACGCAUGCGUGCCACGUUCUGUCGGACCAGACGCUAUCGUAUGCGUCUGUAACUCAACAUAUUGUGAUACAAUAGACAAUCCACAAUUGCAAGCAAAUCAGUUUCAGUUGUACACUUCCACGAAAAGUGGCCAAAGACUGCAGCUCACUAUCGCAAACUUAUCCAACGAGCCCACGAAGGGAAAACUUUUUAUAGUGAAUAGUAGAGAAAAACAUCAAACGAUACAUGGAUUUGGCGGAGCAAUGACUGACGCUGCUGCACUCAACAUUAGAACUCUCAGCAACGCCACUCAACAAAAAUUACUUGAAUCGUAUUUCGGCGUUAACGGUAUCGGAUAUACGCAUGUUCGUAUACCUAUCGCGGGUACCGAUUUCUCGACGAGACCGUAUACAUACGACGACGUACCCGGUGAUAUUACGUUAAGUAACUUCAGCCUUGUAGAGGAAGAUGAUUACAAAAUAGAGUAUAUAAAUCAAAUCAAAAAUAUGAUGCCCAUUCCAGAGAGUCUAAGGAUAUUUACUACAUCAUGGUCCGCUCCGCCAUGGAUGAAAACGAGCAAUAAAAUAACAUGGGGUUUCUUGAAACGUAUUUAUUAUCAGACUUACGCUAAUUACAUCAGGAAGUUUUUUGACGCAUAUAAAGAACGUGGUAUAGAGAUAUGGGGCAUGACGCCGGGUAACGAACCGAUAGACGGAUUUUUACCAUUUUUUUCUUUUAAUGCUAUGGGUUGGGGACCCAAAACCGUGGCGCACUGGUCAACAUAUUAUUUAAUUCCAACCUUAAGCAAGGCCGGAUACAAUCCUGUCUAUAUAGCAUUGGAUGAUCAACGUUUUGAAUUACCGUGGUAUGUCGACCUUAUGUUCAAAAAUGAAGAGACUAAAAAAUUGUUCAGCGGUGUUGCGUUCCAUUGGUACGCAGAUUCAUUCUUUUCUCCGCUUAGACUCACCGAAACACAUAACAAAUAUCUAGACAAGUUUAUACUAAUGACUGAAGCAUGCGUAGGUAGCUUUCCUUUUGAGAAGAAGGUAGAUAUGGGAUCGUGGGAGAGAGGAGAACGUUACUUGUCAGAUAUUAUCGAGAACUUAUCGCAUUGGGUGGCUGGCUGGAUAGAUUGGAAUAUAGCGCUCGAUAAGAAUGGUGCACCAAACUGGGCUCAAAAUUUUGUAGAUUCGCCUAUUAUAGUUAUGCCAGAAAACGAUGAAUUUUAUAAACAACCUAUGUUUUAUGCACUUUCUCAUGUCAGCAAGUUUGUGCCACGCAACUCUUCCAGAAUUUCAUUAACGGCCUUUAAUGACAUUAAAGACGUUAAGCAGGCAGCCUUUUUGACACCCGACCAGAGAAUUGUCGUUGUGCUUAUUAACAAAGGUGAUGAACCUGUUGAUGUAGCAAUCAAAGACAAGUAUACUGACAAGUUCACAAUAACUGCACAAUUACCCGGAAAGUCUUUCUCUACGUUACAAUAUUUGGCACCAAAGUAAUAUUGAGACUUGUAUAUGUUUCAAAAAUGGAAAAUAUAUAUCUACGAAGUAUUUUCCGCAUUUCUCACGAGAAAAAAAUAAGGUUGUGCAGAAACUUUAAUAUUGUGUCAUGCUUUAUAUGAAUUUUUUUAGGAGAAAUAAAAACAAAACGUACGAAAUUAUA